UGCGGCCUCCAAAAUGGCUGCCAUGACGGAGAGCAGGCCUGGAACGGGCCGAAGACUGCCUCAACCAGGCAAUUUGGCCAUGAAUGGAGGCCAGUGGAGGGGGAGGGGGAAAUUUGGACACACCCCCCUCCGCCGUAGCCUUGGAGAAGCUCCCGGAGUGGUGGUGGCAGUAGCCAUUGCUUCUCGUGACCUCAAGCGUUCCCAAGAAUAUGCCAAACAGCAUGGGAUUCCCAGGGCCUAUGGAUCUUAUGAGGAACUGGCAAAGGACCCCUGCGUAGAUGUGGUCUAUGUGGGCGCAAUACACACCGAGCACCAUGCUCUCACCCUUCUCUUUGUCCGGGCUAAGAAGAACGUCCUGUGUGAAAAACCCAUGGCCAUGAAUGCAGGUCAAGUCCAGGACAUGAUCCGGGCAGCCAAGGAAAAUGACGUCUUCCUCAUGGAGGGCUUCUGGACGCGAUUCUUCCCCGUAUCAGAUCAGAUCCGCACCGUAUUGCACGAGAAGGCUCUUGGGGACUUAAAGGUUCUCCGAGCCCAGCUGGGCUUUAAGAUGGAUAACAUCCCAAGGCUGUUGGAUAAGAAGCUGGGCGGAGGUGUCACUUUGGACCUGGGCUGCUACCUGGUCCAAUUCGCUUCUAUGGUUUUUGGGGCUGAGAAGCCACAAUGCAUCACGGCCUCAACAUUGCUACAUGACACAGGAGUGGAUGAAACAACUGCCAUCAUCCUCAACUACUCGGGGAACCGGCAGGCAGUGCUCAAUUGCACCAUGAUGAUCGAUCUACCAGGAGAGGCGUUAAUUGGGGGAACCGAAGGAAUAAUCAAGAUCCCUGACCACAUGAACAGCCCCACAAUCAUGUUCCUGAAAGGAAACUGCUGGGAGUGGCCGCUCCCUCCCUCCCCUGAACCACUGUUCUUCAAGCACGACAUGGGAUUGAGAUAUGAAGCGGAACACGUCAGGCAGUGCCUUUUGAAAGGUUUGAAGGAAAGCCCCAUCAUUCCUUUGUGUGAGAGUGAACUCAUAGCCACUAUCCUGGAUGAGGUUCUAAAGCAGGCGGGAGUAAUCUACAGUCAAGAUUAGGGUGAAAAGGCCAACUAAUCUCAGACCAGCAAAUAAACUUUUCAUUUUUUAUUAAAACACUC